GGCCUUUGCGAAACCUUUGAUCGGGUAUACAUCAUGGACGCCGUACCAGCCGCUUCGCGAUUGCUCCUCACAUUACCCUCACGGAUAUGUAACAGCAGACCUAUUCCAGCACAAUUACGCGCCGCGCGAAGUCUCGAUCCCAGAUGGCGCAUAAUAUCGCAGAAGCGAUACCGAAGCCAGCCGGCACCUCGAGCGCCAGUCAUUGAUCGUUCGCGAUCUAAGCUCUUCGAGUCAGCCGAUCAUGCUGUCGCAGAUAUCCAUUCAGGCUCAACCAUUCUGAGCGCGGGUUUCGGAUUGUGUGGUGUUGCUGAAACUCUGAUAAAUGCUAUGAAGAACCGAGGACCCCAAUCGCUGCACUCUCUCACUGCCGUAUCGAACAACGCUGGUAUCGAGGAUGUUGGAGGUCUAGCUUUGAUCACGAAGUCUGGACAAGUAAGCAAGCUCAUCAUCAGCUUUCUAGGGAACAACAAGGCGCUCGAGAAGCAAUACAUGUCUGGUGAUAUCACAAUCGAGCUCUGUCCGCAGGGAACGUUAGCUGAGCGGAUUCGCGCUGCGGGUGCGGGCAUCCCAGCGUUCUACACGCCGACCGCCGUCAACACAUUCAUAGAAGACGGAAAGAUCCCAGCGCAGUUCGACAACCAAGGAAACGUUAUCGGCUAUGGUACACCCAGAGAAACACGGGAAUUCAACGGACGCAAAUUUCUCAUGGAGACUGCGCUGCCCGGUGAUGUCGCCAUCGUAAGAGCGUGGAAGGCUGACGAGGAAGGGAACUGCGUCUUCCGAUACGCCACCAAAGCAUUUGGGCCCCUCAUGGCCAAAGCCGCGCGCCUCACCAUCGUCGAAGCCGAAGAAAUCGUCCCCAUCGGCUCCCUCAACCCCAACGACAUCGACCUCCCCGGCAUCUUCGUAAACCGCAUCGUCCCCGCAACAUCCCCUAAACACAUUGAAAUCAAGAAACUCCGCAACCCGUCCCAAGACAGUACCACGACCUCCAGCAAACCAUCCAACGACGCUGCCGCCCGCCGCGACCGCAUCGCGCGCCGCGCCGCAAAAGAACUCAAACAAGGCUACUACGUCAACCUCGGCGUCGGCAUCCCAACCAUGGCCGCAGCCUUCGUCCCCCCCUCCACAAAAGUCUGGCUCCAAAGCGAAAACGGCAUCCUAGGCAUGGGCCCUCACCCCACGGAAUCAGAAGUCGAUCCGGACAUCAUCAACGCCGGCAAAGAAACCGUCACGCUCCUCCCCGGCGCAUCCACCUUCGACUCCUCAGAAUCCUUCGGCAUGAUUCGCGGCGGGCACGUCGACGUCUCUAUCCUCGGCGCGCUGCAAGUCAGCGCUACUGGCGAUUUAGCAAACUACAUGGUUCCUGGCAAGGUCUUCAAAGGAAUGGGCGGCGCCAUGGAUCUCGUGGGCAAUCCCGAGCAAACAAAGGUCGUCGUCGCCACCGAACACGUCGCUAAAGACGGGAGCAGCAAAAUCGUGCAGGAAUGCGGGUUGCCGUUAACGGGAGCCCGGUGUGUGAGUUUGAUCAUCACGGAUCUGGCGGUUUUCGAGGUCGAUAGGAAGAAAGGCGGGUUGACGUUGAUUGAGGUCGCACAGGGGGUUAGCGUGGAUGAGGUUAGGGGGAAGACGGAUGCGGAGUUUGUUGUUAGUGAAGCGUUGGGGAAGUUUGAGUAA